AUGAAAUUCACAUUACGAUCUUCUUCCCUGCAGUUCAGCGGUAAAACAGUAGGCAUACUCGGCCUGGGCAGAAUAGGCACCGCCGUGGCAAAAAGAGCAGAAGCAUUCGAUUGCCCCAUCAGCUACUACUCAAGAACACAAAAACCCAACACGAACUACAAAUACUACUCAACCGUCACCGACCUAGCAUACAACUGUGACGUCCUCGUCGUCGCCUGCCCCCUAACUUCAGAAACCCACAUCAUCAACCGCGAAGUUAUUGACGCACUAGGCCCCAAGGGCGUGCUCAUUAACAUCGGCCGUGGUCCCCACGUCGACGAGCCUGAACUCGUGAAAGCGCUGGUUGAGGGGAGGCUCGGAGGAGCUGGGCUUGACGUGUUUGAGAGCGAGCCUGAUGUGCCUGAGGGGUUGUUUGGGCUUGAGAAUGUGGUUUUGUUGCCUCAUGUUGGGAGCGGGACUAUGGAGACGAGGAAGGCGAUGGCUGAUCUCGUUCUCGGGAAUUUGGAGGCUCAUGUUUUGAAGAAGCCUCUGCUGAGUCCCGUGGUUUGA